AUGCCGCCCAUCCGAGUCGCACAACAUGCGCGCCCGGCGCCCGUCGAGCCGCACCACGCCUUCACCUUCCCUAAGGAUCACCACCUCGUUAUCACCACCGAAACCAACGUCUGGUCCUGGGACCAUCGCGGCCUGACCAACGCCUUCAGCUCGGCCUCGGCCGGCAUCCUUGCCGCCAAAGAAGCAAAGGAUGGGAGCGGCUUGCUUGCCGUCGCUGACGACCAGGUCGUUGUGUUACACGACGCAAAUCGCGGCAUGAACAGGAGCUACAGGCUGAAGGGAACCGAUGGCCAAGUGCGUCUGCUAGAGUACUCCAACGACUCCAAGAGCCUGUUCUUCACCACCACCCUCCAAAACGCCGUCCAGUCCUACUCGCUGCGCCAAGCCACCCUGCUUGAGCCUUCACACACCCAUCCCUCCCCGCCCACCGUAUUGGCUACUUCAUCCACCUCGCACCUGCUGCUAUCGGCCUCUGAGAAGCCCCCGACCAUUUUUCUGCAGAACUUGACGUUGCGCACCCCUGCCCUCCAGCUGCAACCCCGUGCCUCUUCCUCUGCCGUUGAGGCUGCGGCCUUCCAUCCCGAGCGCCCCAAUGUCUUCUUGCUCGCCUUCAAAGACGGCACGCUGGCAGCCUACGAUGCGACACGCAUCCUGGGCAAAGCUGGCCGUGGUGGGUCAGGCGGAGAAGUCGGUCGCUUCAAGGGCCUGCACGCCGUGACCAAUCGCGUCACUGCCAAUCUACGCGCUGAGACGGGCGACGAUCAGAACGUGAUCGGGGACCAGUCCGUCAGCAUUACCUCGGCCGCCUUCUUGCCUGGACACAGGUCGCGCGCUGUCAGCGUGGGUGCUGACGGCCGUUGCCGGCUAGUUGACUUCGAGUGCGGUGGGAACAUUCUUCGAACGUGGCAUGCAAAGGGCCCGGCUACCAGCCUGUCGGUUCUCUCUGUACGACAGAAACAGGGCCAGCUAGCUCGGGCCGCUGCCAAUAGGGCUGAAACCGGCGCCAUUACCAACACUCUGGCGGUUGGCCGCGAAGAUGGCAAAGUCCUGGUCUUCGACUCCGUGGGGAUUCUUCUAGUCGAACAGACUGUCGACGCCUCAGCUGGUCGAAUCAUCGAUGUUCAAUGGAUGAAAGGCCCGAGUUUGAAGCCUCAUUCGAAACCAGCAAAAGUUCGUGCUCAGCAGGAUGCCGAUGUGACUGGAGACGCCCCAGUCACUUCACCUCCCCUCGCCGAAGGGCCUGACUCAGCUGUCGAAGAAGACGCCGAAGAAUUCCUCGAUGACGACAGUGGGACGGUAUACCACCGCCCAGUUGAAGCACCAGAGCAGCGGCCCCAACUCAACGCCAUGAAUUACAUGGAUCUCUUCUCCCCCGUUAAGCAACCCCCGAAGAACUCGCCACAGCGUCGCAGUCCCCGUCCGAGGCCACGACCACGCAUUCUCAGCUCUACCUUUAGGCAAAGCUCUUCAUCACACCAAACGACACCUCCGCGCCUGAACCUUAUUCCUCAACUGAAGCCUGAGAUAGAGGACGAGAUUGCAGUAAAGCGGCCGUCGUCGCCUGCGCAUCUGUUCAAUGCUUUUCGGCGCAGCCUUGCUCCUGAAGCCAAGUCGCCAAGCAAACUCCCGUCUCCUACCAAACGAUCCGGCUCUCCGCGGCGAGCUCAUCCGUCCCAGGAGAUUAGGGUUGCAAAGACACCAUCCAGCAAAACCCCUCGCGCCCGUAAAAGCCGGAGGACUUCGGCAAGAAUGCCUGGACCACUUGCUAACGUUUCGUCGAGUCGCAAUAUUACUUCAACUUCUUCCAGCAACAGCAAAAUUCUCGCUGACAUCCGACGCCUUGGAGAAUCUGGUGGAAAGAAAAUAGCGGGACUCGCGUUGCUGGCACCUUACAUGAACCAACGGAGCACGCCCCGGAGCUCGCUUUGUGUCGAGCAGAGUGUGCAGGAGUCAGAAACAAAGCCCGAACGCGUGAAAGCGAAGGCGGCAAGCCCCGCCGACGACAUUUGGCUCACGUCAGAUGACGAAGCGCCGGCUUCACACGUAUGGUCCCGUGGCAAUAGGUUGCCUUCUCAACGGACUCGGCUCAGACGGCUUGAAAAGAUAACGUUCGUGCCUACGUCGGAUCAGCAUGCUCGGUGGCAUUCUGGAGCGUCUUCGGCUGCAGAAGAAUCGGAGGACAAUGAGAAUGCGGAGAGAAUGGUUCGACAGCCGCUUUCACCUGGUGCCGCGCUGUCACCAGGAGGACCAGUGCAUCUGCAAGAGUAUUUUCCACGUAGGAGCUCACUGGAGCACAGAAGGUCUGACAAUAGUCGAGCUGCGUUGGGCGAUCUUGGCAACAACAAGGUGCGCAGUCCUGAUCUGCGCAAUGGACGGAAGAGUGGAUUGGGCAUCUCGGGACUUGGUGAAGUUGUUCACGGAGAACAAAAGGACGAAAAUGGCUGCGAGUGCGGCAAGAAAUGCUGCGCUGCUCUGCGCAAGGACGUUCAGAACCUCGGUGAAGAGUUGCGCCUUCUGCGAGAAGAGAUGGCGGAGAUGAGGUUCUUGAUGGGUCGCUGA